AUGGCUACAGAGCGGAAAUCAAUGCCAAACGUUGAAAGAUUAUUCAACUGGAAUCUCGAAGCUUGGACGCGUUUGGGGUAUUUGGACAAACGAAAGAGACUACUCGCCUGCACCAUUAUAUCAGCACCGAUUGUAGUUUCGAUGUUCGUUAUGCCUACAUUUUUCAUGGGUGUAAAUACCUUCGAACAGCAUAUAUAUAACUUUUACAUGAUAAUCGUGACAUCCUCGUCGGUGGCGCGGGCAAUUCUGAUUAUUAUAAAACAACGUAAAAUCUUAGAUUUGUUAAACGAUAUGGAAAACUGGUUUGUGGAAGUGCAAGAACAAAACGAUAACAAUGCUUUAGAAACAUUAAACAAGCUUACGCAGAAGGUUCGACGAUAUUCCAAAUACACACUGUGGUGGGUGAUAAUUUUUGGUGCAUUUCUCUCCUUUCAACCAAUAUGUACUGGCUAUGGCAAGUUUGUUUACGAUACUCAAAUUCCGGGCAUCGAUUUACAUCAAAGUCCUCUGUAUGAAAUUAUGUAUGGCUUUCAAUCUCUGUGGGUUAUACCAAUGGCAUGUGUCUCAAGCAUCUCAUAUGCAGAUACACUACUGAUAUUUAUAUCUUUUGGAAUUUUCGCAACAAAACAACUUCAACGAAAGCUGAAAGAUAUUUCGCAAAUGGAUGAGCAGCAAGGUUUGGAGAAUAUCAAAAAAUGUGUACAAUAUCAUUGGAAAAUAAUUAAAUUUGGGGAGGACUUGGAAAACGCGUAUUCGUUGAUGUGCUUACUAGAUUUUAGUUUGUAUUGUGUGACACUUUGUAUGUUGUUGUUUUACUCAGUUAUGGACUUUACUUGGGCCCUCAUGUUUCAAGCAGUUGUUGUUGAACUCAUAUUAACCUUACUAAUAUUUCUAACAACUUUUCUGGCUGACAUAUUCACGCAAGAGAGUUUGAAUGUAGCUCAAACCGCCUAUGACAUGAACUGGCUACAACGUGACAAGGCAUUUCGCGUAGCUGUUCUGCUUAUUAUUCUCAGAAGUCAACGACCGUUAAUUCUCACUGCCGGUGGCAUACAACCAUUGAAUUUGGAAACCUUUUUGGCAAUUAUGCGCUCUUCGUAUUCAUUUUUCUCCGUUUUACGGGGUGUAAUGUGAUAUUUUAAUUUCAAGAUAGAUUAUCAUUG